CCCAGCAGCAGGUACAGAAUCCCAGCAUGAGUGAUGUGGUGUGGAGGAGAGGGAUGGGGGUCGUAGACAGAAACACCCUGCAGCUGUACCUCAAUGCCAGCCCUGCACUGGUCCUACCCUGCCCACCAUGCCAGCCACUUCCGGGUGCACUGGCGCAAGCUGAGGUGCCCUGAGCCGGGGGCCCUCUCGGAGCAGGAGCAGGAGCAGGCCGUCCUCAUUGGCAGGGCAUACUCUUCAGUCUACAGAGUGGUGGACCUUGCAGUGCCUGACGCUGUCGACGGGGACCCCUGCUGGCUGGAGUUUCUAGUGCAGCCGGUUACCAAAGAGGGGUUCACUGGGCUUAAGUCAGAGUGGGGGAGAUUAACCCUGAGGUACGCAGAACCCUUCCUGUCAGAGGCAGACAAGUCUGUGUAAUAAUGCACUGGACUUUAUAUUCGUUUUAUCCUCAUCUGUUUAAUGUGUUGUGUUCUUUCUAAUCGUUGUUUAUGCUUAUAUUAUCAUUUACCAUGCUUAUGGACUGUUCCUAACUGGACAUUUCUGAAGUAAGAAGGGGGAAGCAUAUCCAUGUUACGCAGGAUUCAGCGCUCAAUGCUUCACCUGUGGGCUUCUCUGCCAAGCACAAUGCUAAUAUAAUUCAGAAUCAACCUUGAGGAGUCUUUUCAGAAGAAAUUGUUGCUGGAUAGUCAGUGACCAUGGGAAAUGUCUGGAAUGGGAAACAAAUUCUUAAGCAGAAACAACAAUAGAAAAUUAUACUGAACACACAUGACAGAAUAUUAAACAAGAGACUUAAUUUUAGGAAAAAAUAGGUGCAUAAGUAUAUUCAUUGUUUCUGUGAGACUUGAUUGUCUUUUUGGUUGAAGUGAAGUAUAUAACUCACUUUUCUUUUAAUCCAGAUUUUUAAUAAACACACUUAUGGCACCUGUGCCUUUUUUCUCUC